GCUCAACCUGUUGCUCCUCCUCUUCCUCUUGGUAGUGCCCAGAGCGCGGCAGAGGGACUGAGAGGGGUGCGGAGGAGGGAGCUGGUCGCUAUGAGGCACCUGCCAUACUUCUGCCGCGGGGAGGUGGUGAAGGGCUUCGGCAGGGGCUCCAAGGAGCUGGGCAUCCCCACUGCUAACUUUUCUGAGCAAGUAGUCGAAAGCUUUCCAUCCGAUAUCUCUACUGGUGUAUACUAUGGUUGGGCCUGUGUUGGAAAUGGAGAUGUGCAUAAAAUGGUUUUGAGCAUAGGAUGGAAUCCUUUCUAUAAAAAUAUUAAGAAAUCGGUGGAAACACACAUUAUUGACACUUUCAAAGGUGACUUUUAUGGUGAGAUUCUUAGUAUAGUUAUUCUUGGAUAUAUUCGAUCAGAAAAAAACUUCACUUCUUUAGGCGCACUUGUUUCAGCAAUUCAGGAAGACAUUGAAGAGGCAAAAAGACAGCUAGAUUUACCAGAACAUCUUAAACUCAAAGAAGACAACUUCUUUCGCCUGCCAGAAGGCAAACCAGUAAACCACUAAGCAAAAACAUGUGGGUUUUUUCAUCUCUUGGAGCAUUUUGCACUACCAUGUGUCAUGUAUAUUUUGAUAUAUGAUGUAUGUGUUUGUACUGGGUUUGGCUGGGAUGGAGUUAAUUUUCUUCAUAGCACGUCAUAUGGUGCUGUGCUUUAGAUUUGUGACCAAAACAAUGAACACAACACAUUAAUGUCUGAGCUAUUUCUGAACAGUACUUGCACAGCAUCAAGGCCUUCUCUGUCUCUUGCUCUGCUUCCCCACUGAAUAAAUUGGGGCUGUACAAGGGAGGAAGCACAACCCGACAAAUGACCUGAACUAACCAGAAAUACUCCAUGCUGUAGUGGUCAUGCUGAGCAAUAAAAUGGAGAGAAGGGGGUCAGCUAUCCUUUGUUUGGGACCUAGUUGGGCAUAGGCCUGUUCAGGGGAGGUGGUGAAUGAUUGCCUUAUUUUGUCUUCUUUUUUUCAUUCCUUCUCUUCUCCUUUGCUUGUUAAUCUAUUUGUAUCUCAACCCGCAAAUUUUACUGCUUUUAAAAACAGUCCCAUUGCAUACUGAUCCUGCAUUUUGCGGCAUUUCACUGCAGCAUUUCAGAGAGCUCUGCCAGGAUAGCCUUAUCGGAAUUCUCUGGGGUGGGUUCUGUCAGCCUGCUAGGGUUCUAGUUCAUAGUGUUUUAACUUGCAGCAAGUCUUAUGGGGUAUUUGGGAAAAGGCCUUGAGCAAGUCAAGGAGUCCUUGUAGCUGUGCAGGACUUGAUUAUUCAGAUGCUUAUCAGUCCUGUUGAUGGCAAAGACAGAAGGGGAUAUACACCUUUUGAGGGAGAAAAAGAAUGAUUUCUAUAAAGACACUUAAGAGAAUGAGCAUCAUUUUGGCCUAUGUUGUUAAGUUUGUUUAUAAAUUUAUCUCUCCAAAGACACAGUUUUGUCCUAACCAUUGCCUGGACAUUUUCAGCACACUUUGGCAUUUCUAGUAGGAAAAUAAUAAAAGAGAACUAAACUUGCCUGCUGUCAGGAAAAAAAGAAAAAAACCAAAACCCAAAAGCAAACCCUAAAACCAGUUUAAUGGGCUUUUGCUGUAUUCAUGUUGGAAAUCUAUACAAGAAUUUUCUUGAAAGUCAGUUCUGGGUUUCUGCACUUCAGAAUUGAAGGAUAAUGGAAGAAUUGUUUUAACUUUUUUUCCACCCAGUGUAAGGAGGCAUUCUUGGAUAUAUAACAAUGUCAAAGUCUUGCUUCUUAUUUUACUUUUCUGGAAGAACAAGUUACAGCCAUGUUAGCCAAUCUCAUAUAUUGUCAAGAACAUACUUAAAGAGUAAGUCUUUAUUGAUUCUGCUAUUAUAGCUAAGCUUAUAGCUGCCUUUUAAAAUUAUUUUUUGCCAGAGAUUUAAUGUGCCUGUGUGGAAACCAGAGUGUCUUAAGCUGGUUGUCUUAGUAACACUAUUCUGUCACCGCUAAUGAAUGCUGCUAUCCAAAAUCGCUUUUAUCAUUUGGCUUUAAUGAAACCGAAUGCUUGAAGAUGGAGAACAGCAGCAAAAGGAAAACUGGAGAAAUUUUACUUCCUCACAGCCUUCACGUGAACUGUGAAGUAUGUAUACAGUAAGGUAAUAAACUCUUCUUUGCAUGGUUGCCAUCAAGCUGAACAAAAUAUAUUUGCAUUUAUUUGGCUGAGUGUAUCUUACCUCUCUGCAUUAUUUAAUAUCAGGUAUUAUAUAUUGAUUUUUUAAGUUGUGCGAUUUUUUUAUGUUGUGCGAUUCCCUGCACAAUAUAAACUUUAUGAAGGGCUGUAUUUUUUUAUGAUGUGCAAAUAACUAUUUCAGUUUAUGUUGUGACACUGCCAUUAAUAAAAUAGUAUAGCUGAGAAAGUA